UUGACUUUGUGCAUAGACUGUUUUGGGUUAUGAUCGAGUUAUGAUGCCAGGGACUCUAACAGGACCUGUCAGACCUGCAGAAGUUUACAGUGCAUUUUCCACGCACCAAUGACCAGCUGGUGGCCGCUCCAGCCUCUUCUCCACCUCCACCCUAAAUGUUAUUGUCAAAUUAAAGUCCACUCACUUGUUGCCGGAUACACCGUGAAACGAGGAGGGACCGGAGAAAAGAAGAAUUUUCCUCCUCACAUCUCGAUCUCCCAGUGAAAGGCAGACAGGGCUGCAGACCUAGGGCUGUCCGUGUCCCGUGUCGCGUGUCCUGUGUCCAUCACACGUCCACCAGGUCCAAUCAUGUUGGGUGUCCUUGUCCUUCUGUCCAUCUUCUCCCUGGUGGCCUCUGUGCCUCCUAACACCACUCCUCGUCCCUGCAGGCGCUGCUGUGACCAUCUGCCAGCAGACGGCAGCACUGACCCGUCGCACAGCCCGGGGUUGAGCCACGUGCCGGAGGUCCGCACCUACAUCAAUAUGACCAUCCUCAAAGGCGACAAAGGAGAUCGUGGCGACAGAGGAACACCAGGUAAAGUGGGACCAGAAGGCCCUCCAGGUUCCAGGGGACCUACAGGUUCUAAAGGCUCUAAAGGUCAAGCCGGUGUUCCAGGAGAGCCCUGUAAACUCCAGUACUCGGCUUUCUCAGUUGGUCGCCGCAAAUCCCUUCACAGCCUGGAGUCGUACCAGACGCUGGUCUUUGACACAGUCUUCGUCAACGUCGAGAGUCACUUUAACAUGUUUGAGGGAAAAUUCAUCUGCCACAUACCAGGGAUCUACUACUUCAACGUCAACAUCCACACGUGGAACUUCAAGGAGACAUACCUGCACAUCAUGCAGAACAACGCGGAGCAGGCCAUCGUGUACGCCCAGCCCGCCGACCGCUCCAUUAUGCAGAGUCAGAGUGUGAUGCUGCAGCUGGUGCUGAACGAUGAGGUGUGGAUCCGCCUGUACAAGAGGGAACGUGAGAACGCAGUUUACAGUGAUGAUGUGGACGUCUACAUCACCUUUAAUGGAUACCUCAUCAGAGAAACUGUGGAAGGAAAGUGAGGAGGAAAGGGCGGGAAUGUACAGCUUAGACGUAUGGAAACAAACUGAAGGGAGAAGAAAGAACAUGACUUAACAUGUCAUUAUAAAACAGGUUUGUUUGUUUUUUUUGGUUUUGUUUUUUUCACAUUAUUUUAGUUUGAUUUAACACAGUGGGAAAUAGAGUUUCUAGUUUUAAAACCAAAAAUGAUUCAUUCUGGAUCACUGCAGUGAGUGAAAAUGUACUGUCUGGAAGUGCAAAAAGAUUAUUAUGUAUUGUACGUGGUGCUAAAACAUGGUGCUAAAACUAAACUAAGAGUACAUUUCCAAAACAAAAACAGCUUGAUGCUGUCUUCUGUUAAAACUGAGCGUCUCAGAUUGACUCCAAGCUGCUUCUAAGGUUCAGUGUGUAAUAUUUAGUCAUGUCUUGAGGUGAAGUUGCACCAUUCAGCAUAAUCCCAGGUGACCCACUCCCACUGCAGAUAGAAACGACUCAUUUUAAGGUUAAAAAAUAAAUAAAUAAAUCCAUAUCUCCAGGUCAUGAUACACUAGUGAAGACUAAUCCCACUGAAUCCCUGUAAAUCUUACACACUGGACCUGUAAAGAACAGCUUUUUACAUUUGCAUUUUUAUACAAUCAUUUUUUAUGCACCUAACAUUAACUGUGGUAGUGCAGUCAUAAUUAAUAAUACUUAUACUAUAAUAAUAUACUAAUAAUACUACAUAAUUAAUAUUACUGAUUAAUCUUUAAAAACCAAAAUAAAUGACUACACUGAUGUGAUAAUACCUUUGCUGCAGAAGAGCAAUGUUGUCUGCUGUGAUGGCGCUUCUUUUGAUGUAGUUCCUCAUUAUGACCACUAGGUGGCAGUGAACAGUCAUGACAGGGAAAUUCCUGCCAUUUAUGCAGUUAUAAUAAAACAACACUGUUACUCUGAUUAACAUAUUAAUAUAAAAAUUGUGCGGGUGCUAAUAUUAGGGUAAUCUAUCAGUAAAUUAAAAUUAUGCACCUCUUAUGUAAUAUCAUGACAGUAGCUGUGUGUCCAUCUGCUUGUAAUGACCUAUUUUAAUUUUUUUUUUUUUUUUUUUUUGCCAAAUAUGACUGCAGUGUGUUUGGUGCACUUUGUUUGAGUCACCUAAAGAUUUGGGGUCCAAAUUUGUAACAGUUUAGAAUAAUUAAAGCUACAGGUCAUGACAGAUAUCCUUGUGGUGUUUAUCACAACCUUUUCUAAACAUCCUGGAAUAAAUGAAUUAUUGAAUCCUAA